CGUUUGAGCGCGAGCCGGGCGGACGCUGCUGCUGCUCCGCGCGCCCCGCUGCCAAGCGCGGGGGACCGGCCCCAUGGAGUCUGCAGCCCCCAAGCCGCCGCCGCCGGCCGGGAAGAGCAGGAACCUGCCAUGGGUGGAAAAAUAUCGUCCUCAGACACUGAAUGACCUAAUUUCCCAUCAGGACAUUCUGAGCACCAUUCAGAAGUUCAUCAGCGAAGAUCGUCUGCCUCACCUUCUCCUCUAUGGACCGCCUGGCACUGGCAAGACCUCCACAAUUCUGGCCUGUGCUAAACAGCUCUACAAAGACAAGGAAUUCAACGCCAUGGUUUUAGAGCUGAAUGCUUCGGAUGACAGAGGAAUUGACGUAGUCAGAGGCCCCAUCCUGAGCUUUGCUAGCACAAGGACAAUCUUUAAGAAAGGUUUUAAGCUUGUGAUCCUGGAUGAAGCAGACGCCAUGACCCAGGAUGCCCAGAAUGCCCUAAGGCGAGUGAUUGAGAAAUUCACUGAGAACACCAGGUUUUGCCUGAUCUGUAACUACCUCUCCAAGAUCAUCCCUGCCUUGCAGUCCAGAUGCACAAGGUUCCGGUUUGGCCCCCUGACUCCAGAACUCAUGGUCCCCAGGCUGCAGCAUGUCAUCAAGGAAGAGAUGGCUGACGUAAGUGAAGAUGGGAUGAAAGCAUUGGUGACCCUCUCCAGCGGGGACAUGCGCAGAGCUCUGAAUAUUUUGCAGAGCACCACCAUGGCCUUUGGGAAGGUGACGGAGGACACCGUGUACACCUGCACGGGGCACCCACUGAAGUCUGACAUUGCCAACAUUCUCGACUGGAUGCUGAACCAGGACUUCACCACUGCCUAUAAAAAAAUCCUGGAGCUGAAGACGCUGAAAGGUUUGGCUCUGCAUGACAUCCUGACAGAGAUCCACUUGUUUGUGCACCGAGUUGACUUCCCGCCUUCCGUCCGAAUCCAACUCCUGAUCAAAAUGGCAGACAUCGAGUACAGACUGGCUGCGGGGACAAGCGAGAAGAUUCAGCUAAGCUCCCUUAUUGCUGCGUUCCAAGUCACCAGGGACUUGAUUGUAGCUGAGGCUUAGGGCCAGUGGCUUCCUGCGAGCACAGUUUACACCCUCACCCCUCCCGCUAAGAAGUAAAAAAGAAGAAUGUCCUUGUCUGAACACGA